AUUCGGUAGCUUUAAAACUAAAAAAAGAUCAUAAAUUCAAAGUUGAAAUUUGCUUAAGAAUACAAUUUUCAUCUCCUAGUGUUUUCCUUGUGAUUUACGGGCAAUCAAAGUGAAUUGAAAAUUAUUACUCACUGUCAUUUAUGUUUCCUCAAGAAAUGGAUUAACGACAUCAUUUUUUUGUUACGCACACCGCACGAGUUUCCGAGAAUGAAGUAGUAAAAGUAACGAGAAUGGAUUACCAUCAUCUACGUUAUACUUAAAAAAGCCGAAAAGCAAGGAAGAAAAGUUUUUUGUUGGCUUUAUCUUUGCGUAUGCAGAAAACUGAAUAAUAAUAACAAUAAUGAAGUCAUGAGAUGUUAAAUGAGAAAAAAAGGAGAAAAAGAAAAGAUAAACAUGAUAAAGUUUUGAAUUAAAAAUUAUCAUUAAUUAAGAACAGAAACAGUGAAUGUGCGACCCAUAGCAACCAGCUCAGAGAGAAAUAAAUUAAAACAAAACUCGUUAUCAGCGUGGCAUAAAUUAAAAUAAAAAAAAUUAAACAAAAUAAACAACAACAGAAGCUGAGAAUAAAAUAAAAAAAUUGAGCCUCAUUCGACAUCCCGAAGACAUCAUCUAAGACAAGUCGUAAGAAAACAAGUAAUGAGAGAAGAAUCUGUCGUGAAUUUAAAAUGAUGAGAUGAAAAGAUGUGACCAUUUCUCGAUUCAGUGAAUGUAAUAAUGAGGCGGCGAAGGGAAUUUUACAUUCUUAAUUGCAGCAAUACCGUUUUAACGGCUAUUGUCUUCUAUUCGCUUCUAAUUGAUGCUAAAGAUCUGCACAUCUUGCAAGCGGAAGCGUCUGCGAGUCCGACUGAAACAUUUGACACUACAGGAAUAUUUGAGUUAGAGAAGAGAGAUAAUGAAUCUACCGGAAUUGGAGAAGAAGAGACAAUGAUGACUUCAAGCACCCAACAGACAUUAAUGACAUCAACAACUUCAACAACAUUUGCAACGCCCUUGCCACAGAACCGAUUCUUUGUUGCAACAACGAACACGGCCUAUCAACAUGUCACUGUGCCAAAUGACAUUUCAGUCGUUUCGUUUAACUCAACUUCAACAACUCAUUCCACUACGAAGCUCGACAGUUCCAACAAUAUGCCGUCGAGUCAUGAUAGUAGUAAUAGCAGCAAUACAUCAUUUAGUGUUAGAUUUACAACAAUGAAACCAUUAAUCGUUCCAACUUUACCUGAUUUCUCACGCCACCGAAUAGGACAUAAACAAUAUCAAUCAAAAUAUCAUCAUGAUCGACAUUUCGGUCCAUUUUUUGAGGAUCCAUUAAACACUUCCGGAACUUCGGGAACGUUACAAGUUGGAUUUCAUGAAGGCACAGAAUCCAUAUUAAAUUGUCGUGUGGGAAUGUUGAAGGACAAAACUGUUAUGUGGGUUCGCCGAACAGUGGAUAAGGUUUCUCUUCUGACAGUUGGAAACAUCACGUAUUCAGGUGAUCCAAGGAUUAAAGUCAUGUUCAUAUAUCCAAAUAAUUGGAGAUUAUCGAUAAAUCCCAUCUCUCCUGAUGACGCAGGAUUGUAUAUGUGCCAGGUCUCGACUCAUCCGCCACGCGUAUUUGCGACUAAUCUUACAGUGUUAGCUCCAGCAAUACGAUUAGUUGAUGAGAUGGGACAUGAAGUUAGUGAUAGGUAUUAUAAGUUAGGUAGCUCGGUAGAUAUAACGUGUCAAGUGGCGUUGUCAUUCCUGAACACAAUUCCAUCACCAACUGUGAAUUACAAUGACAGAUUUCUAUCUUCAUUAACAACCACCACGACGACGACAACAUCUUCGUCUACCACCACAACAAUUUUUCCCUUUAUCGAUACAAAUUUAAUUAAAAAGACUUUUGAAAAGCACAUUCCUUACAAUGGAAAGCACAAUAUAAAGUGGAAAAAGGAUGGAAAAGACUUGCCAAAAGAUAUUAAAAUAAAUUUGAGCACCGCACACAUUUGGCGGAAUAGCAGAAUCUCGAUUAUACAUGCUGAAAAAGUUCACAGUGGCACUUAUUCCUGCUCCGUCGAUAAUACGACAUCCUCAACUGUUAAUAUUCAAAUUUUAAUGGGAGAAACGCCUGCAGCUGUACAACAUAAUCAUUGUUCAAGGGUGAAAAUGUUUGGCAUGAAAAUUUUCAUAUUCAACUUGGGAGCUUUGCUUAUUUUCAACCCAACACUGUACAUAUCCAACUCAUAACUGCUGUAUGUGUUUGAGAAAUAUUUCAUGAGAGCAGAAUGGGAGUUUUUGCCCUUCUUUCAUGUUUUGUUCCAUUCACCCGAUUCAGCAACAUCAGUCGAAACAACGCCCUAAAGAGGGAAACGAGCAAAAAAAAUGAGAAAAUUAAAUAGUUUGGACACAACAAACGCUGUCCAUUAAAUCACAACUCACACAAGAGAUUUAAAUUUAACUAUGUUCUGUAAAAAAAUUAGCAGGAGAUCAUUAUAACAUGAGAGUGAGGAACAUUAACAUUUUACGACAAACAAUGAAUUCCAUUUUAACUCACAAAACAGAUAAUGUUCAUAUGCGUAACGUUUCAUUAGAAGAAAAGGAAACUGAGUAUCUAUACAAUCGGCAAACAUGCAUACAUACAUACCUACAUAUAAGUUUAUUUGCGAUUUUAACUUUGGGACAGAAAGCAAAUAACGUAACGAUUUAUUGUCCUCAAAGGAUUUGAAUAAAGAAAUCUAUUUAACUAUCUACAACUAAAGUGAUAAUACCGAAACAUUCUUUUCCUAUUUUAUUCUCCUUCUGAAUCGAAAAUCAAAAUAGAUAUUUAUUAAGUUGUUUAGAGAGAUUUAAAUUUCAAUUGUCAUUGUGCGGG